CCUAAACCACCAUCGUCUUUAGUGUCCAUAGGUGCCCACACGCUUCCCUGCGUCUUACUGACCAGAACUUCUGGAAUUUCACUACACACUGGGCGAAGUGCUUGUGUUUAUCUUCUUGGUACUUUCAUGACACCCAUUCCUCCAGAACUUGUGUUGGAAGUCCUGACAUACAUAUGCGGGUGCCGCGAUGAUCUUAGGGCAUGCUGUCUUGUCUGUCGUGCUUGGCGUCAGCUUGCCCAACCCUUUGUCUUUUCCGAAUUAUCACUAUCUCUCGAAUCCCAUUGCCUCCCUUGGAACCGAAAAUUUGCCAUAUAUCCUCACCUCGCCCAGUAUGUCACUCGCCUGAACAUAUGGGGCGGAAACUGGGGGAAAAUAGAUUCUGCAUCGUUUGUCGAAGUCCAACCUCCACUUCUCGAAGGCCCUGCGAUAUUGAAGCUCGUACGCCAGCUUCCAAAUAUCAAGUAUCUGAAAAUCUAUGAUUUUUUCUUACCAAGCGAGAGGGAGAUAGAGAUUCUAUGUCAUUUUACACGGCUGGAGUGGCUGGAAAUGCACGACGUGAUUUUCAGCCAACCAACGGAUCUGUUGGAUCUCAUGUCGCAAUCGGUCAACCUGAGGGGCCUCCAUAUCACGGAUAUGGAGGUAAGAAGUCCUACCGGAGAACCGAUUGGUCCUUCACUUCAUAAUCACGUCGACGCCGUUCCGAAACGGCUAAGGAAUCUGAAGCUCCCAGACCCCACUGAAAGCCCGUAUAUCGUCUCUUGGCUUUUGGGAGGAGCCUUUGAUCUUGGUGAUCUCAUCGACCUCACCUUAUCUUGGGCAUCAUUCCAGACAAAACGCGAUCUUAUGGGACCUCAAUCUUUUUCCUACAUCGAUUCUUUUGUCAAUUCGGUCGGUGCAGGGAUCAAACGUCUACGGCUCAAUAUUGAAACAUGGGAGCAUACCUCGGAAGUGCACGUCAAUUAUAUGCUAGAACACUUCAUCUCGAAGAGAGCGUUGAGCAGCUUUAUAGCGCUUGAUACCCUGGAUAUCCACUCCAUAAAUCGUUAUAUCAACAAUGAUGCAGGUUGUUUAGUUGACAUCGAACGUCUUCUCCACCACGUCACGCUCCCAAACCUUCGAAAAAUAUGCAUCACGACGCGGUUCACCCUGAACACUGCCGACGAUCUCCCAUCCUACAAAGAGCUUCCUUUCUGGGCUAGUCUCGAUAGACUUCUCGCCAGCUCACAGUUUCCGUCUCUUCAACAACUCCUGUUGUUCAUCGAGGUGAAAAAUAUCCAUUGGGAUGCCCACAAAUUCGGGCUGAGGUUCGAAGACUCUGAUUCCGAUGAUGAAGAUUCUCUCAGUGUUGUUAUCCCUCCGCUGGUUACCAGACAUCCGUGGCCAGAGCAUCCCCCGACAGUGGACGAUGUUGCCGCCAUGAUCACAGAGCAAAUGCCGACAUUGGCGUCUCAGGGAUGUUUGCUGUUUCGCCCUGCUAAGAUGGGCCGAUUCUAAUGUAUCGAAGAGGUGCAUUUAGAAGAAGCGCUUCUACUCGAUUCUAUCAGAUUGUCUUCUUUGAUGUGAUAUCCAUAAACGGUCUGUACACUUGAAGGGCCAAUUCUUGA